AAUAGCUGGCGAGAAUUGGGACGAGAUUCGUCUAUAAUUUCCGGUUUUGGGCGAAAUUUGGGAUAUUUCGGCUAUUUUAUCUCCAUAACUGAAAGCAACUGUUUUCAAAGAAUAAAAUUCGUCAUAAAUAUUAUGUUGCAUUUUUCGAUUAAUCUACAUAUUAGAAUAAAUUAAUAUUAUUUAACAAUAAUGGCCGAUUCAGGAGAAAAAGUUGAAAGAGAAAACGAAAGUGUAGCAGAAGAUAAAGAAAUAAAGAAUGCAAGUCUAUCGGAAGAUUUUGAUAAGGAUACGGCGAGUAACAUGGCUGAGAUAAUAGAUGACAAUCAAGAUAACUUGAACGUUGAUAAACAAGUCAAAUUUGAUAGUUCCGAGUCGAUUGACAGAUCGCCUAAUUCUAUAUUAUCUGAUGAUUUGAAAAAUUCGGAAGGUAUUGAAAAAACUCAAGAAUCAUUAAAAACUUCAGUUGAAAAUUUGAAAAGAACAGUUGCAAUGAUGAAAGAACAACCUGAUCAAUUUGAAUCUCCUCAACAACCAACAAAAGACUCGCCUAAGGACCACUUGAAGAGAAAUUCUAGUUUCUCAUCUAACACCACCGCAUCUAGUCUUAGGGAAUUGGAAGAGUGUUUAAAAUCAUCCGAUACACCAUUAGAUAUGCAUGGAACUUUAGAAAGAGAUGGAGAAGUUAUGACGUUUGUAGCUGAGGGAUUAACUGAUUUAGUAAGACUAUCGUCUGCCACCCCAUCAUCCCUUAGUUCAGCGUCAGGUUGGUCAGGUGUAUCGCGUUCACCAACUCUUCAUAGUCCUGAAACCUUACCUCCGGUUGACGUAAAAGCGCUGUUUGAAAUUGAAAAUUCUGCUCAUAAAAUUGCUGCUUCAGUGGGUAAAAUGAUGGAUUCAAUGGCUGCUAAUUUACAUUUAAUGUCUUCUGUAACGACAAGUUGUAUCGACGCCUACAAGGAAGGAGUGGACAGAACUUGCGAUUCUGUAGACGCUAGUAUCAAGACUAUGUACGCUCUUAUGGCUAAAUGCGAAGAGUUAUCUAAAAGUAUGCAACCCGUUUAUAAACUAUCAAACGAAAUGAAAGAGGUGAAGAGACUUUUGGAAUUGUUUGAAAAUCAAGUUAAUAAAGGAAUGGCAAUCGAUUCUUGA